AUGAAAUUUCAACCAUACGAAGUUCUUCAAGCAUUCUGCCAACUUGAGAAUGCUGCUACGUAUAAUGAGGGAAUCACAUUGUGGACACGACUAACCGGAUGUCGAAGUAUCGCGAGAAUUUACGACGACACGAAAUUUAUCGAUGCACCAUUGACGUGCUAUCCCAAUCAAUACGGUCACAUAAAUUCGAGUACAAAGAUAAAUUGUGUGAACACCAAUUCAAGCACGUUAUGGCAUACAAAUUAUAAGUGCAACUCGAGCAUGUUCCACAGAGCAUCUGAUUGCUCAUGGACUAAAUUUGAUAAGUGCUUCUAUGUGACAUAUUUGUGUAGACUGACAAGAACCGAUUUUACUCCUAAAUUCUUCGGAAUUGCUGGAGGAUGCCUUAUCGCAGUGGUUCUGGUCAUUAUCAUUGUAAUCAUAUUCUGCUGCCGACGCUCUGCCAAGUCGGUUUGCCUUCGAGAAUUGGAGCAGGAUUACGAGCUAAACGCGAUCAGUGCAAAUGGAACACAAUUGCCAUUCAGAUAUACUUUAAAAUCAAGCGGUACAAUGGAUGAAAUUCGCAAAAAUGAGCUAGAGAAUGGUGUUGCUCGCGCUAUUGCUUCACCUCCGACUUUUGCCACAUCAGAAAAUGUUUUGUCAUCAAUUCGAUAUGGUCUCGACGCUGUGAGCAAAGAAAUUCUCACCGACAUUGCCAAAAUUUUAAAUGGCACUGCUGAUGAAGAUGCGACGGGUUGCGGCUUGAAGAGAGUCGUUGAACAAAUUAUGAAAGCACAAACGAUUUCCGAAAUCGAUGAUGCAAUCAUCGAGCUCAGAAAAGCGAAGUUUGGAAUGAAUAAGGCGACCAUCCGUUAUGAUCCAUCAAGAAUCCUACAUGCCUCCUAUCCAACUCAAAAUACGACACUUUGCAUUUAUGGGCGCACACUGGAGGAAGCUGGCCAGCAUUUGCAACGCGUCCUUCAACAUGUAUUUAAUGGACUAAGAGCCCGCGACAUUCCAGCAUUCAUCGAGUUGAUUAUCUCUUUUGUUGAAUCGAUCGAUCGGGAUGAGCAUGCCGCCACUUGCUACUGGAUCGGCAUGACGGCGUUUUUUCUUCACCACUUCUAA